UUCGACGUCUCGUAACCCCUCCCGUCCCCCGCGCCCCAAUGUCUGACAAGAAGGACGACGAGGCCGGCACUUCGCCGCCGGCGCCGCCGAGGGUUGCGGCGGCGGCGGCGGCUCCUAAGCCAUCCACCUACGCGCCCAUGGGCGCGCUGCGGGGCGAGGAGUGCGCUGACCUCCUGGCGCUGGUCGCCGCCGUCUCUCGCCCGCUCGAGGACGCCGUCGCGGAUUUCCUCGCGCGCGUGGCCCCCGAGCGCCGCCUCCGGUUCGGCAACGCCGUCCGCUUCGUCCUCGAGGACAAGAUGAUGCUUCAACCUGCUGAGCGUUUAGUUGCAUUUGCAAUUCUACAUCAAGGUUAUUCCUCACAGUUGGCAAAUCCAUUUCUUCCUCUUUUAAUAAAUGCUGCAUGUGAUGAAACUUCUGAGAAAGCAGAACAGGCAUUUCUCCACGUUUUGUUAAGUUCGACUAAUGGGGACAAUAGUGAGAUUCUGAAGCAGUCUGCUCUCGAUUACUUGAAUGGAUCUGAUUAUGCAUCUCAGGUCUUUUUGCAAAGAGAACAGCUCGAGAAACAAUAUUCCUAUGAUGCUGCACGACCUCUGCCCUUCUCUAGUAAUUUCAGAGAUGCCACUGUCAGAAGUGCUAUUCCUGACCCAGAUGUUUUUCAAAGCUUCGGUAAUUCAUUGGAGGUGUCCUCAAUAAUACCAAAUAGAGAUGACAUGGUUGCUACAUUACUUCAACAAACAUCACUUAAAGGAUUGCCUCCUCAAUGGAUACGACCCUCUCCACCAAGACUUGAAAUUUUUGAAGGGGAGUUACAGUGGCUGAACAUAGACAACAACCAUGAGCUACUAUGGGAUGGUACCAUGUGUGCAGACACUAGCCGAGGUGCUGUGAUUCGAGAUCUGGUCGACCAAGCUUGUAAAGGUCCACUUGCAGUGGCCCAGCAAGAGAAAAUUAUUGAAGAUCUGGCGAAGGACUGGAAGCUAGUCUAUCAUUGUGGAAUGACACCACAGAAGCUCCCUGACCUUGUUGAACAUAAUCCACUUAUAGCUGUUGAGGUUCUUUCAAAGCUAAUCAACUCUCCAGAUAUGGAUGCAUACUUCGAUGUUAUUGUCCGUAUGGAUAUGAGCUUGCAUUCAAUGGAAGUAGUAAACAGGCUCACUACUGCAGUAGUUUUACCACCAGGAUUUGUUCAUGACUAUAUCUCAAACUGUAUUCGAUCAUGUGAAGACAUUAAGGACAAGUAUAUGCAAAAUAGACUAGUGAGACUAGUAUGUGUUUUUCUACAGAGCCUCAUUCGGAACAAGAUAAUAGAUGAUGCUUGGGUUUGUGCAGUACAAGAUCUCUUCGUCGAGGUGCAAGCAUUUUGCAUCGCCUUCUCGCGAAUAAGGGAGGCAGUGGGGUUGUUCAGGCUCCUCAAAUCUCUCAAAUGAAGAGCGCCGCGCCAUCUGCUGGCUGUUGGAUCCUGUAAACAGAAGUUUCCAUUGUGUACAUCCAUGGCUCUCUGCUUUCGUUGCCAAACUGGUUAUCCUGGCAUAGGUCUGGUCUGGACUCUGUAGGGCAUGGCUUUUGUUGGUGUAUUAGUUAUCAUCAAGCUGUGUUCCCUUCAUCAUCUCAGAAAGACAUUGAGUAAAAACAAAUCCAUAGCUCUUUGACAGGUUGGGUUGGAGGUAGAAUUACUUCUAAUGGGAGUGUCGCGGCAAUCUGUAAUGUGCAAUGCGAUUCCCCGUGGGGCUUGGCGUUCUUGUGCAUCAGGCAACAAAGGCAAGCCCCUUAGGUCACAGUUGGCUCGAGAUGAGGCAAUGGUGCGACGAACUCCGAAACAACUGGGGUAGAGUAGCCUACUGGUAUACUUUCUCUAUGACAUUGUACAUCUUUUGAGCCUCAGAAACGGGUGCUUUUGCUUGAUUGCACCCUUCUAAUGAAGUUUGCCAUACCUCUAUUUCGAA